AUGACUGCUACGCUGAAUGGGAUGUAUAACACAGCCCCAGAUACUCCGUCGCCUGUCUAUCCGGAUAGGCUGAUCCGUCCCCUUCCCAAGCGUACUCUCCGCUCUCGGCUGUCUUCCGAGGCGGCCGAGUCCAUCCUCUACCCCCCGGCUCCCCCAGCGACGCAGCUGUUUUACGGAACGUGUACAGAUAAUGGAGAGGCUGUGAAUGAGUCUAAGGUGUACGUACAGCAGUGUGACGGCCCUGAGCAGACCCCUGAGCGCGACCACCACCACCCUUAUGAGAACGGUUUUGACGCGGAGAGCGGCGACGACGAUGGCCCGGCGGUUGUGCGCCGCAGUGCUGGCUUUCGUGAAUCGUCCUCGUCCCCGACGAUGCCACCAGGGCACCCGGGUAACGGACCACGGACGCAAAUCAAGUCAUCCUCGGCAGGUCCCAACGGCUACGAUGCCUUUGAGAACACUAACAAUAAGAAGAAACGCAAGAUCCCCACACCGGGAACUCUAGCGGGUCACCACUCCACGCUCUCACCUGAAUUCUCUAGCAUGGGUCUCGCGAGCUCGGCACCUACAUCUGGGGAAGGGAGUCAUGUGAGUACUUUCUAUGGCACUGGAAGUCCUGCAUCCCCUGUGUCCAAUGGUCUUUCCGGUGCGGGGAGAGGGCGUCUUGGGCGUCAAGGCGCUCGUAGCAGCAUGGGCAGGGCUUCAUUGUCUCUCCAUACUCAGGUUAGUUGGCCACAAGCUCGGACGUCAGCUCGCCGCGACGGGGUUCUGUCUUCGCCAGUUGACUCCGCUGCAAAAUCCGACCAAGGAAUCAUUUCUGCUGCUAUAGCCAAUGCUGCAGCCUCGGCAUUCUCCUCGCCUCCUCGAGGAUCGGGAAAUGUUAGCAUGUUGGAGCAGCAAACUACCACCCCCACGAAAACCCAGUUUACCUUCACAUGUGAAUCCGACUCAUCGAAGGGUAUGGCGCUACAAGCGCAGAGCCCGUACCCCACACAUCGUUCACCCAAUUCCCUACCCCCCGCUGCACAGAACCAGAGAGGGUUCUCUACACAAGGAACGCAGACCAGCCCCAACGCCGUUUCCCAGAUGGAUCAGCAAGGACAAUCGUCACACCGAGCUCCAGGGGCAGAUCCGACAACCACAGGUAAAAAGAAGAAGCGGUCACCUGGGAGUAUUUACGCCUUGGCUGCACGCCAGCGCAAGAUCCAGCAGCAGUACGCUAACCUUCAUCACCCACCGAACAUGGAAGACCUCUGGAUUUGUGAGUUCUGCGAAUAUGAGAGUAUCUUUGGUCGUCCCCCAGAGGCUCUUAUUCGGCAGUACGAGAUCAAGGAUCGCAAGGAGCGGAAGCGAUUGGCAGAGAAGAAGAGACUACUGGAGAAAGCGAAGAUGAAAGGUCGGAAGAACAAGAAGGCGACGAAGAGUGUGACGAAGAAUGCGGCGGCUCAACCAGCGGCAUAUGAUCAGGGAUAUGACCGGGCGUCUGUCGAUCAUUCCUCCAUGGGUGGGGCAGGACUGCAUGACGAUGACUAUAUAGCAAAUGAAGACGACGAGGAAUCAGUGUCUGCACCACCCCCGGCGCCGCCUGCACCCCCGACGUGCUUCAAGACUCCGCUACCGCCGGGGAAUCAGACCUCGGCCACAGCCGGCGCUAAAACUGCGACAGACGGGGGGACGACUCGACCACCCUGA